AUUGUGGCUGUUGUAACUUCAGUUUGCCGGCGACAUUAUAAAUACAAGUGGCCGAAGGCGCGGCGCAUAAGUCUGUUGCGAUUGCGCGCUAUUACACGCGAAGGCGGGAAAAGUUUGACGUUUCCAGAUAAGUCGCCAUGUUUGUUUUGAAGUCUGCACUCCUGCUGGCGGCAUUGUCCUGCGCCGCAUCCCAGCAGGGCCCCACCACGACCCCGGUGCCCAUCCUCAAGCAGAUCAACCGGCAGAAUGACGAUGGCUCCUACAGCUUCGGAUAUGAAGCGGCCGACGGCUCCUUCAAGAUUGAGACCAAGUAUCCCAACGGAGACGUCGCCGGGAAGUACGGAUACGUCGACGAGGCAGGAAAGCUGAGAGAGAUCUCUUACGGCGCGAGCAGUAAAAGGGGAUUCGAGCCGCAAGGAACUGGAAUCAUGGUUCCCCCUCCGACGUUGAACGACCCAUCGUCCAACAACGCUCUCACCGACGGCCAAGAGGAUGACGGACAGUACCGAGAAGACCCGAAAAUUUACGAAGACCCGAAGUACAACGGCCGCUCCCAAUCCCGCCCGAGCGCUAUCAGGCAAUUCUUGAAGCCAUCCCAGCCUGAACCUCAAUACCAACAGCAGACUUAUCAGCAGCCUCAGCAAUACCAGCAACAGCAGUACCAACCUCAACAGCCGUCUGCUUUCCGCUCGGGUCCACUUUUCUCCCAGCAGACCGGUCUUUUCAACCAGGCUCCUCAAACUUUCCCUCAGGAAAGGCAGCAGAACCAAAUCUUCCACCAGCAGCCCCAGUUCUCUUACCAGGUCACUUCGCAGCCUCAGUACAACCAGUACCAACCACAAUACCAGCAGCAGUACCAGCAACCGCAAAACUACCAGAAUUAUCAGACACAAAACUACAAUCCUUUCACAGGACACCCGGCGCAGAAUUUCGAUCCCAACACGGGGUCUUACACUAUUGACUUCACUGGUUAAUUUUAGUAAAAAUAGGAUAUCCUAAUAGUGCAAAUCAAGUUUGGCAUGUUAUCAGGCUGGUUUGUUUACAUAGAAUUCGAGAACGGUUUUAA